AUGUUGGGCAUCAAAAAUGAACAGUGGGAAGGUUUUUACCUUGGAAUGCCAUUAAUCAGUGGAGGAUCAAAGAGACAAAUUUUUAGUUAUGUGAAGGCAAGAGUCACGAAAAGAGUUCUGAACUGGAAAAAUAAAUUCUUGUCAGCUGCUGGUCGAGAAACGUUGAUUAAGGCUGUAGCUCAAGCAGUGCCUAACUAUGUAAUGAGUUGUUUUAAACUCCCAAAGGCCAUUUGCAAAUAUAUAGAUUCAGUGAUAGCAAGGUUCUGGUGGAAUGGUGAUGAUUCAAAACGAAAGAGAAGCAUCAAAGAAAGUCAGCAAAUCCUUAAAAAAGGAUUAGUUUGGAGAGUUGGCAACGGCAAUGAUAUUCAGGUAUUGGAGGACUCUUGGAUCCCAUAUGAAACACCUCGGGUUGCAAUGGCAUAUGAGGAAAAUGUGAGUAACUCAAUGAUGGUGUCUGAACUUAUCGAUGCGAGAGGUGGGAAGUGGGAUGAAGUGAAAGUUAAGCUGUGUUUUCCUCUUUAUGAGAGUAAUUUAAUUUUGUCUAUCCCUCUCAGUGUGAGGCUUCCUGUUGAUAGACAGGUGUGGGUUGUCAGUAAGCAUGGACAAUAUACGGUUAAGUUUGGUUAUCGCUUGAUUUCGUCUCUCCUGGAUGAUUCUGAACCUGGCUGUUCGUCCGAUUCGUUCGAUGGCUUUUGGAAGGAAGUUUGGAAGCUCUCUAUUCCGCGUAAAAUUAUCUUCUUUAUGUGGAAAGCCUUGAAAGGUGCUCUUCCAACCAAGAAAGCAUUAAGCCAUCGGAAAAAUAAUGUGGACAAUAUAUGUGUUUUCUGCCAAGAGGAUGAAGAAACUGAUUUUCAUAUUUUAUGCUACUGUCAAUUUGCGAGAGCAACGUGGUUGUCUUCAAAAUGGGGAUUUAGAGACAUAGGCGCACAUUCCACCUCUGUUUUUGAUUGGAUUUUCCAGGUUCUUAAGCUGGGACUUGACAUGAAUAAUCAAUAUCAUAUGGCUAUGGAGGUUAGUGCAACAGAGAAUCGAGUAUUGGAGACAGAAAAUAGAGGUUUUCGUUCGAGAGGACUAACCUUGCAUUCAGAUGUAGCAAUGGACCAAGUUGAUGGAACUACGAGAGUAGGUGCUGGAUUUAUCAUAAGAAGACUGAAUGGUGGUUUUUUUUGUGCUGUCGGAAGGAAAAUACAGUAUUGUGCAAACAACCAAGUAGUUACGGGAUGGAUUAAAAAGCAGCAAUUUACUGGAGCUUUGGAACAUCUUAUUGAGGAUUGUACAAUUUUGAUGGAAAGAAUAAACUGUCAAGCCAUUGAUUUUUGCUCAAGAGAGACCAACCGGACAGCACAUUCAAUUGCCCAGAUUGCUAAAAGAAUAAUGGAUGAAAUGAUAGAAUGGAAGGACUCUUCACAUCUACCGGUGUUGAUUCAAGAAGCUGUUGAUAAUGAUAGAGUUUUGUUCCUAAGACAUGAAGGGUAA